GAUUUUGACAAAGGAAACUCAGUCAGAUUUAAACCUUCACGAUUGCUCCAAAGGAAGAGAGCGUUAAGUUUUCAGAAGGAGUUCUCAUUUGAAGAUAAAGAAGAACUUUCUAACAGCACAAAGGAUAUUGAUGCUAAUCUCUUAGCAGUACUUCCAAAAGUUUCAGAAUUAAGAAAACUGUUUGAACCAAACAACCGAGAUUUUUUGGAAAUGAAAAGAAAAGAGAGAAUAGCUAGACGGUUAGAGGGAAUUGAAAAUGAUACACAACCUAUGCUUCUACAAAACUGUCCAGGAUCAGUCACACACCGUUUACUAGAGGAAGAUACACCAAGAUACAUGCGUGCAACUGAUCCGUACAGUCCCCACUUAGGAAGAUCAAAUGAAGAGGAGGAAACUUCAGAUUCUUCUGUAGAAAAACAACCCAGACCAUCUAGAUACCGAGCAGAAACCACGGGAAGUAAUACAGAACCUUUGUAUAGUACAGGAAACAUGGAUGUCCAGGAACUAGAGUCAAAAGCAGAAAGAAUAGCUAGGUACAAGGCAGAGAGGCGGCGCCAGCUGGCAGAAAAAUAUGGAUUAUCUCUUGAUUCUGAUUUGGAUUCUGACUACUCAUCCAGAUAUACGCGGGCAAGGAAAGAUCCUGACAGCGUGGAAAGAAAGGGAGUGAAAAGUGAAAGGCUCGGUGGUGAAAACAAGGACUGUGGCUCCCUGUAUUUGUCCAGGACUGAGACGAAGGAGUCAAAGGGUGUGAUUUCUGAAUCCAAAGAGUAUUCCAGCCAUGAAAAGGAUGGUGUUCCAGAUAAAAAAGACCUCUCAAAUGAAAAGAGUGUUAGAAAAGCAGAUGAUGAUAGUGCCAUUAGACAGGCUUCUGACCCUUCAGCAACCUUGGAUAGUUCUGUCUCCCUUUUACUUUCUGGACGAGAAUCUUCUUCCUAUAACGAAGUGCCAAUAUCACCGAAACAAACCCCCAAAGAGUCCCUUUCUUCACCAAAGCGGGCAGCCUCACCAAUCCAUUUGCAGAAUGACCAGCCCUUGCACAGUAACAUCAGACAAAGUGCAGGGAAAGCAAAACCUGAAUGGUUUCUUCAGAAAGAUUCGGAAGGGGACACACCUUCACUUAUCAGCUGGCCCUCCAGAGUAAAAGUUAGAGAGAAACUGGUGAAAGAGGAAAGUGCUCGUGGAAGCCCUGAAGUUGUCACAGACACAGUAUCUCAGAGGAAAUCCCAUCCAAUGCCAGCCCACUACAUGCCUCUUCAGACAGAAACUUCUGCCUUUGAUAGGGUUGUAAAUCAGACCGUCAGUUCAGUCCGCGAACCAAUACAUGGCUAUAUUCAGCCUGCUGGCAUUGCUCACACAGCUCAGCUGAUGGCAACAGAAGAACCAGCAAACAUGUCUGUUGGCAGCCUCCUCCUACCAGACAAUGUUAGCCUCUUAACAAAAGCUGCUGCAUCAGAGAGUAAAAAGAAAGAGGCACUUGCUUAUGGAACAAAGCCUGAUGAAGAAGAUUCCUUGGAGGGUGAACAGGCUUCCAAAGGCAGAAGACCAAUUUUGCCAUCUGAGAUUCGCAAGCAAGGGAAGAACCAUGAAGGCAUCUUUGGAGGAGAAUUGGAUGCCCCUGUGGGGAGUUCCUCUUUCGCAAGCAAACUGAAAGUUAACUCAGAAGUUCAAAGAGAGCUGGAGUGCAAUAAAAGGCAGGCUCCUGAGCAGCAGUUUAAGACCCCUGAGAACAUAGAAAGGAGUGAAGCUGUUAUGUACAUACAGAGUGGAUCUGUAUCGCAGCCUGACAAGGCAAAAGCUCCUGUUCGGAAAGUGUCGACAGCAAAGCAUAAAGUCCUGACUCGCUCAAUGUCUGACUAUACUGUGGCUCCUAAGCUAGAAGCUUUUAAAAGUCAGGAGAGCGUGGAAGCAAAUGCACCCAAUGGUGAGAUUGGCAUGGUUGACACAAAAGUCUCUGUUGCCCAGCUCCGUAAUGUCUUUCUGGAGACUGCUAAUGCCAACAAGAAAACAGAACUUGAAUCUCGGUUUGAGAUGUCAACGGCAGGUAACACUUUGUCUGCCAAUGGUGACCGUGAAAGAGGGCCACGAAGGCCGAGGCGCUAUUUUACUCCUGGUGAAAAUAGAAAGACUUCUGAGAGAUUUAAAACGCAACCUAUAACGUCAGCAGAACGAAAGGAGACAGAUAGGUCAGUUUUGAGUGCAGAAAUACCAGCUGCUGAAGAUGAAGAAAAAUUGGAUGACAGAGCCAAACUAAGUGUAGCUGCAAAAAGGCUGCUUUUUAGAGAAAUGGAAAAAUCAUUGGAACUCAAAAAUAUUCCUAAACCACCUACAAGAAGUUCAGCAGUAGAGAGAAGACUGCGGCGUUUGCAGGAUAGAUCGCACACACAACCAAUUACCAGUGAGGAAGUGGUCAUUGCAGCUACUGAACCUACCCCUGCUUCACGUUCUGUGAAUACCCACACAGUAGUGACAAGAGUACCUAGUCCCACUGUAGUUAAGAGCACUGUACAACCUAUCAGCUUGCAGGCAUCAGCACACCAAAAAAUUUUAGCUAAAGAGGAGAUAAGAGCAGCCAAAGAGGCGAUGGGGCAAGAUCAAUCUGAUGAACCAGAUUCUUCCACCUUAAGUUUGGCAGAAAAGAUGGCUUUGUUUAACAGACUGUCUCAACCAGUAUCCAGGGCCAUCUCCACAAGGAGUCGAGGAGAUAUGAGGCACAGGAGGAUGAACGCUCGUUACCAGACUCAGCCAGUCACUCUUGGAGAAGUUGAGCAGAAUGAAAGUGGAAAAAUUACCCCCUUGUCAACUGCAGUUGCAACAUCAGUUUCAACAAUGGCCUCUGCCCUUUCUCCGCUGUAUGCUGGAGACCUGCACACAAAGCCAGUUAAUGAUGGAAGCGUGAGCUCUGCCACUAGAGCUGAUCCGAGAUUCCACUCCUCAGCAGAAAACUCUGACUCUUCAGGAAAACGUGCACAGAAGUCGGAACAGUGGCAGCCCUCAAUGGAAGUGCUAGAAAGCAACAGAGCAACAAAGAAGCACGAAGAAGAGAGAAAGAGGUUUCUAGCACAUGAAGCUAAUGAAAUUACAAAGUACAGCUCAUUUGAGGAAGAAGCCACACAUCCUGUUCCUGAAAAAACAGGAGACUACCAUAAAGAGACAACAUACAGCUUCCUGAGGAAGGGCAGCAUGGAGCUGUUUAGUUCACAACCACUUUUUCAGCCUCUUGAACAGAAGGAAAUUGAUACUCGCAUGCAAGGUAAAUGGGAAGUCAAAGAAGGCCAGUCCUUUGAAGAAAAGGUGGAUUUGGAAAGUGUUAUGAAACACAAGUUCUCUUUUGAAUGGGCAGACCAUGCUGAUCCUACUUCUGAACUCACCAGCACAUCAGCAAUGAGGACAUCUUCACAAACUGCAGCUGUAGCAUCCUGUAGACUGCAGGAGCUCUCCGAACAAUUGGAAGGCAAAUUUUAUAAGAAUUCCUGUGAGAUGUUUUCCUUUGGAGAGAACAAAGCACAAACAACUGAGGAUGUCCUUGAUAAUUCCAGCAAAACAAUGUCAAUUAAGGAAAGGUUGGCAUUGCUGAAGAAGAGUGGUGAAGAAGAUUGGAAAAGCAGGCUCAGCAAAAAGCAAGAGUAUGCAAAAGUGUCUGCCACUGAUCGUAGCGUGCAGAUGCAAGAAGUUGAGCAGCUUUUGAAGAAGAGAAUGGCAGAGAACCAGGAGAGUCAGAUGACCAUUGAAGAAAGGAAACACCUGAUUACAGCUCGAGAAGAAGCCUGGAAGUCCAAGGGUAAAGGAGCAGCCAAUGACUCCACGCAGUUCACUGUAGCUGGCCGAAUGGUAAAAAAAGGCUUGGCUUCUCCAAGUGCGCUAACACCAGUAGCAUCCCCUUUCAGUAGCCGGCAGAAGUCUACCACUCCCGUUACAAAGCCCUUGGAAGAAAUUGAAGCCAGGCCUGAUAUGCAGUUGGAAUCAGAUAUGAAGCUUGACAAGUUGGAGUCGUUCUUGGGAAGGCUGAAUAAUAAAGUUGCUGGGAUGCAAGAGACAGUGCUGACAGUUACAGGAAAAUCUGUGAAAGAGGUGAUGAAGCUGGAUGAUGAUGAAACGUUUUCCAAAUUUUAUCGCCAUGUGGAUUUCCCUUCCUCCUCAGUGCCUUUGGACCUUGAUGAGGACUUUGAUGCCAUCUUUGAUCCUUAUGCACCAAAGUUAAUAUCUUCUGUAGCAGAGCACAAACGUGCAGUUAGGCCUACGCGCCGAGUCCAGUCAUCAAGAAACCCCCUGAAAAUGCUGGCAGCAAGAGAAGAUAUCCUCCAUGAAUAUACUGAACAAAGACUGAAUGUUGCCUUCAUGGAGUCAAAGCGAAUGAAAGUAGAAAAAAUGUCUACAAAUUCAAAUUUCUCAGAAGUAGCACUUGCUGGCUUGGCAAGCAAAGAGAACUUCAGCAACGUUAGCCUGCGGAGCGUUAAUCUAACAGAGCAAAACUCUAACAACAGUGCUGUGCCAUACAAAAAGCUAAUGCUGCUGCAAAUUAAAGGAAGAAGACAUGUUCAAACAAGAUUAGUUGAACCAAGGGCCUCGUCACUGAACAGCGGAGACUGUUUCCUGUUGUUAACUCCACAUUUCUGUUUCUUAUGGGUAGGAGAGUUUGCAAAUGUCAUAGAGAAAGCAAAGGCUUCAGAACUUGCAACUUUAAUUCAGACAAAGAAGGAACUUGGCUGUAGAGCUUCUUAUAUACAGACUAUAGAAGAAGGAAUAAAUACCCAUACCCAUGCAGCCAAAGACUUCUGGAAACUCCUUGGUGGACAGACAAAUUACCAGUCUGCUGGAAGUCCUGAAGAAGAUGAAAUGUAUGAAGCUGCAAUAAUAGAAACAAAUUGCAUUUACCGCCUCGUAGAGGAUAAACUAAUUCCUGAGGAUGACUACUGGGGAAAGGUGCCAAAAUGUACCCUGCUACAACCAAAAGAGGUGCUGGUGUUUGAUUUUGGCAGUGAAGUAUAUGUAUGGCAUGGAAAGGAAGUUACUUUAGCACAAAGAAAAGUGGCAUUCCAGCUGGCAAAACACCUGUGGAAUGGCACCUUUGACUACUCCAAUUGUGACAUAAAUCCUCUGGACCCAGGGGAAUGCAAUCCCCUCAUACCCAGAAAGGGACAAGGACGGCCAGACUGGGCUGUGUUUGGCAGACUCACAGAACAUAACGAGACCAUCCUGUUCAAAGAAAAAUUUCUUGAUUGGACAGAGCUGAGGAAACUCAAUGAGAAGAAUUCUACUGAAUCUCUUCACCAGAAGGAAGAAUCCAGAUCUGACUCUAAACCAUAUGAUGUCAUGCAAAUGGUAGCUGUGCCCCGAACGACUGUAGGCACAGUCUUGGAUGGAAUGAAUAUUGGCCGGGGCUAUGGACUUGUAGAAGGAGAAGAUGGGAGGCAGUUUGAAAUUAUCACUGCAUCUGUGGAUGUCUGGCACAUCCUGGAAUUUGAUUACAGUAGACUACCUAAGCAAAGCAUAGGGCAGUUCCAUGAGGGAGACACUUAUGUGGUGAAGUGGAAGUACAUGGUGAGCACUGCAGUUGGAAGCAGGCAAAAAGGAGAGCAACAAGUAAGAGCUGUUGGAAAAGAGAAAUGUGUGUAUUUCUUUUGGCAAGGAAGGCACUCCACAGUGAGUGAGAAAGGAACAUCAGCACUGAUGACAGUGGAACUUGAUGAAGAGAGAGGAGCACAGGUACAAGUGCUUCAAGGGAAAGAACCACCAUGCUUCCUGCAGUGCUUCCAAGGAGGGAUGAUUGUGCAUGCUGGAAGAAGGGAAGAGGAAGAAGAAAAUGCACAAAGUGACUGGAGGCUAUAUUGCGUGCGAGGAGAAGUUCCCAAUGAAGGAAACUUACUUGAAGUAGCAUGUCACUGCAGCAGCCUGCGUUCCCGGACAUCCAUGAUUGUCCUCAAUAUAAACAAAGCUCUUAUCUACCUGUGGCAUGGCUGCAAAGCACAAUCUCACACCAAGGAUGUAGGAAGAACAGCAGCCAAUAAAAUAAAAGAACAAUGUCCACUGGAGGCAGGACUGCACAGCAGCAGCAAGGUGACGAUUCAUGAAUGUGAUGAAGGGUCAGAGCCCUUGGGAUUCUGGGACGCAUUAGGAAGGAGAGAUCGAAAGGCCUAUGAUUGCAUGUUGCAAGAUCCCGGAAAGUUUAAUUUCACCCCCCGCCUGUUCAGCCUCAGUAGUUCAUCAGGAGAAUUCUCAGCCACCGAAUAUGUUUACCCUUCAAGAGACCCUGCUGUCAUCAAUUCCAUGCCAUUCUUGCAAGAGGAUCUUUACACUGCCCCACAGCCAGCACUGUUCCUUGUUGACAAUCACCAUGAAGUGUACCUGUGGCAAGGCUGGUGGCCUGUGGAAAACAAAAUCGCCGGAUCAGCUCGAAUCAGGUGGGCUACAGACAGGAAAUGCGCCAUGGAGACAGUGCUCCAGUACUGCAAAGGAAAAAAUGUAAAGAAGCCACCAAAAUCCUAUUUAAUUCAUGCUGGCCUAGAGCCUCUGACCUCCACUAAUAUGUUCCCAAGCUGGGAACACAGGGAAGACAUCGCAGAGAUCACAGAAAUGGAUGCUGAUGUGUCUAAUCAGAUAAUCCUUGUAGAGGAUGUGCUGGCCAAGCUGUGUAAAACAGUGUAUCCACUAGCAGAUCUCUUAGCUAGACCUCUGCCUGAGGGAGUUGACCCACUGAAGCUUGAAAUUUAUCUUUCAGAUGAGGACUUUGAGGUUGCGUUAGAGAUGACGAGAGAGGAGUACAAUGCACUGCCAUCUUGGAAGCAGGUUAAUCUGAAGAAGGCAAAAGGACUUUUCUAAGUUGUGUUUAUUGGAGUGAGCACUAAAGGGAUGUCUUUUUUCACUUGCUAUGCCCUUUCAAAGAAUUGUACCCCACAUUUACAAAAUAAAUAGAAAUAAUCUGAAGUUAUUAGCGACUACCUAUCUGGAAGUGUGUAAUAUCAAAGGCCAAGAGAACUCUCUGGACAUGGAAUUCAGUUUUGACUCUUAAAAGUAACAUGUUUAAGCUCUGCUCUGCUAUGCACUCAAACAGUAGUUUCUUAAGCUACUGCAGCAGGUGUCCUCUGGCUAUAUCCAAUACUUGCCAUUUUUGUUUUUGAAGAAGUUCUCUUUGUAAAGUGUUAUUUUGUUAGUUUGUGGAUUACAAAGAAUUUAUAUUUAUAUAAACACAUAGAACAAGUAUGUAUUUAACAAUGCAAUAUAUAUUCACUUUCAAGACUUUCAUGUCAAAACUACAGAAAAGUAGCUGGAUGGCAGUUGCUUGUACUGAAUUAGCUGUACCACCAGUAUAUAUCUCUCAUGCAUUCUGAAAAGUUUCUCUUAGCAAUAGGUAAUGAAUUGUUCUCAGUGCUGCUUCAGGUGCUAAACUGAACAAAGCGUUUGUAUUUAUAGCAUGGAUUUCUUGAGAAACUAUGCGAAUCAACCUUUAUACUUUAUUAUCCAAAAAUGUAUAGUGCCUUGUUUUUUGUGUACAGUUUAUAUACAAAAAAAAAAAGAUUGGUCUGCAUUUUGAAGAUGGCUUAGAACAGUCUCCUAUGUUACUUUUAUAACAGUAGAAAUAAAAACAUCUCAGUUUCUAAUACUUGUUGUAAACAUUAAACAUGUUUUUGUGAUAUAAGAACUGAAAGUAAAAGCUUAUGAAUAAACUCUUAGCAAUGC